CAGCGCACCGCACACUGAACACGUCGCUCUCUCUCCUCCUCCCAGGGAGCAUGCGGGGAGAAGGGGAGGGGGAGACGGCUGGCUCGGAGUGGAUGUGAGAGGACGGGAGGAGGGGAAAGCGGCUGCUGCUCAUCUUCCCGCUCCGUGGUCAGGAGGAGGUAGCGCUGCCUCGGUUAUACCCCUCCUCCUCCGCCAGGGUGAUCAGCAGCUCCGGCAAUCCUGUGUGCAGAACAGCUCCCUCCGACAAUGGCGCCCCUGCAGCACAUCCCAUCCCUCCGCCUGCCCUCCGCUUCUGCCUUCUAGCUGCAGCCAGCGCACCCCUAGCGGUGACAGGGACAGAGCGGCGGCCGGGAGUGGUCACACAAAGGACGGGCUGCGGCGGUGUGUUACUACCGGGGAGCUGGCACAGAGAGUGGCAAACUAGGGAACAGUGGAUUUUCAAAGCAUGGGGGAGUUAGAGCAACAGCAGACGGCUGCCUCUCGAUUAGGGGCUCCGGAGAGUGCCGGGAUCAGCACUUUAGAACAUGGAAUCAAGCCACCCCUGUCGCCACAAGGAAAGUCCUUUCCCUUCAAAGUCCAAAUGUUGGAUGACACACAAGAAACAAUUGAAGUUCCGGUACGAGCCCCCGGCAAAGCACUCUUAGAUGCCGUCUGCAGUCACCUUAAUCUAGUUGAAGGCGAUUACUUUGGACUGGAGUUUCAGGACCACAGAAAAAUUAUGGUAUGGCUGGACCUGCUGAAACCCAUCAUAAAGCAAAUCAGAAGACCCAAGACCGUUGUCCUGAAGUUUGUUGUAAAGUUUUUCCCUCCUGAUCAUACUCAACUGCAAGAAGAAUUAACAAGGUACCUCUUUGCGCUACAAGUAAAGCAGGAUUUGGCACAAGGCAAACUCACAUGUAAUGAAAGCAGUGCUGCACUCCUAAUCUCACACAUUGUACAGUCUGAAAUAGGAGACUUUGAUGAAGCUGUUGACCGGGAACAUUUAGCCAAGAACAUUUACAUGCCUCAGCAAGACACUUUAGAAGAAAAGGUCAUGGAAUACCAUCAGAAUCACUUUGGACAGACUCCGGCUGAAUCAGAUUUCCAACUUCUGGAGGUUGCUCGCCGCUUGGAGAUGUAUGGCAUAAGACUGCACCCAGCUAAGGACAGGGAGGGAACCAAGAUCAACCUGUCCGUGGCCAACACUGGCAUCCUAGUAUUUCAGGGUCACACAAAAAUAAAUGCAUUCAACUGGGCAAAAGUGCGAAAGCUUAGUUUCAAAAGGAAGCGGUUUCUUAUAAAACUACGCCCAGAUGCAAAUAGCUCUUACCAGGACACUCUGGAAUUCAUGGUGGCUAGUCGGGAUUUUUGCAAAGCAUUCUGGAAGAUAUGUGUAGAAUACCAUGCCUUUUUCAGGCUUUUUGAGGAGCCCAAACCAAAACCAAAGCCAGUUCUUUUCAGCCGUGGUUCUUCUUUUAGAUUCAGUGGCCGCACACAAAAGCAAGUUUUGGACUAUGUCAAGGAAGGAAGUCACAAAAAAGUGCAGUUUGAGAGGAAGCACAGCAAGCUUUGCUCUAUAAGAAGUUUGACUGCGGCCUCGUCUGAGCAGAUUUUGGAGGUGCCAAAACAACAGAGCCCUAAAAUAACACUUGUACAGUGUUCUCUGGCCAAUGAGAUACAAACCUUACAGCCCUGCAAGGAGGAAAAGUUAGCGGCUGAGGUGCCAUCACAACAUAAAAGCCCAUCUUCCAAGAAAAUUCUUCUGGACCGGAGAGAAAAGGAAGGAGUGCAUUUGACAAUUGAUGGAGAAGAUGCAGCCAAAGACCACAUACAGCAGAAUAUGAAGAACGCCCACCACCCAAGCACAGGUUCUUUAACAGGUAGCCCGCACCUUUCAGAGCUGUCAAUCAACUCUCAAGGAGGAACAACUGUACUAAACUCUUCUCUGUCGCCAAACUUAAGUCCUGAUGGAAAGCCUUCUUCUCCACUGAUUAGUCCAUUGCUGAAUGAGCCAAUCUGCAUCAGAACAGAUGAUGAGGAAGAUAGUCGUAAAAAGAGAUUUCCCACAGACAAAGCCUACUUUAUUGCAAAGGAGGUUUCAACUACAGAGUGCACCUACCUUAAGGACCUUGAAGUCAUUACAGUGGGGUUCCAGAAUGCAGUAAACAAAGAUGACUCCAUGCCAGAGCCCCUAAAAAAUCUCAUUUUCUCCAACUUCGACCCCUUACACAAGUUCCACUCCAGUUUCCUAAAGGAGGUUGAUCAGAGACUUACUCUUUGGGAAGGAAGGUCCAAUUCGCAUAUGAAAGCUGAUAAUCAGAAAAUUGGAGACGUGAUGCUGAAGAACAUUCAGGGUUUAAAGCAAUUCAACUGUAACCUUCAGAAGCACUAUGAGUUGUUGAUGGAGCUUGAGAAGGCAAUUAAAACCUCCCGCAAGCUGGAUAUUUUGUGCAGGGACUUUGAACAGGAGAAGGUUUGCUACCUGCCUCUGAACAUGUUCCUCCUGCAGCCUUUGCACAGACUCAUGCACUACAAACAAAUAAUGGAGAGGCUUUGUAAACACUACUCUCCAAACCACGUGGAUUUCCGAGACACUCGAGCGGCUCUUGCGGAGAUCUCGGAAAUGUUAGCCCAGCUGCACGGGACAAUGAUAAAGAUGGAGAAUUUUCAGAAACUACAGGAGCUUCGGAAGGAUCUGACGGGCAUUGACAAUCUGAUGAUACCAAGAAGGGAGUUCAUCAGGCUUGGAAGUUUAAGCAAGUUGUCUGGAAAAGGCCUGCAGCAACGUAUGUUUUUCUUGUUUAAUGAUGUGUUGCUGUACACAAGCAGAGGGCUGACCUCAUCUAAUCAGUUUAAAGUGCAUGGACAGCUGCCACUGUUCAACAUGACGGUAGAAGAAAGUGACGAAGAAUGGGGAGUGUCUCACUGCCUUACUUUAAGGAGUCAGAACCAAGCUAUAGUUGUUGCAGCCAGUUCCCGGGCUGAAAUGGAGAAGUGGAGUGAAGAUAUUCAGAUGGCUAUUGACUUAGCAGAAAAAAGUGGUGGUCCUAUCCCUGAGCUGGUGGCCAGCAGUCCCCCUGAUGGCAAGUCGCCGGAGGAGGGCCCCACAGACCAGGAAUCUGAGGAUGAUUUAACCUCUUCUCGCACUUCUCUGGAACGACAAUCACCACAUCGCGGAAACACUACAGUCCAUGUGUGCUGGCACCGAAACACCAGUGUCUCCAUGAUUGAUUUUAGCUUUGCUGUUGAGAAUCAGCUAUCCGGAAACCUGCUUAGAAAGUUCAAGAACAGCAAUGGAUGGCAGAAACUUUGGGUGGUGUUCACAAACUUCUGCCUAUUUUUCUACAAAUCGCACCAGGACAAUCACCCGUUAGCCAGCCUCCCAUUGCUUGGAUACUCACUCACCAUUCCCUCUGAAUCAGAGAAUAUUCACAAGGAUUAUGUCUUUAAACUUCACUUCAAGUCACAUGUCUACUACUUCAGGGCUGAAAAUGAAUACACCUUUGAAAGGUGGAUGGAAGUAAUUCGAAGUGCCACGGACUCUGCCUGUCGCUCCCGCCUUUUGAGUCACAAAGAGUCCCACUUGUACUGAAGUUAGAACAUUCCCUGGCUCCCAAAUCCCAGCUGCUUUCUAGCGGGAAUUUGAUACCAGCCCUUGUCGGAGUUUUGGAAGGCCAGCUGCUCCACGCAGGAACAGACACUGCCUCUCAGUGACUUUUUUCAACUUUGUUUGGACAGAAACCUUAAAAAAAAAAAAAAAGUUUUUAAAAAAGAAAGACAAAUCCCUUCCUGCUGUAAAUUAACCCAUUGCUGACAGCAGGCAGUUGGUCUUCUCCUGUACAAUACAUUCUGACAUUGUUUGAAUUUUGUGUGCCAACAUUAAAAUGUGUUGUCUCUAGCAUAGUGGCAAAUUAUUAAAUUUUUAUUCCUAUUCCCAGUUUUUAAACGUAUUAUUGAAUUUAAACACGUGUGUACACAAGCAAUGACAGGUCAAUGUUUUUCUAGUGUUUUUUUAAGUUAUAAAGCUUUCUUCAAUGCAAUAUUCAUACGGUAUAGCUGUUUUUGUAAAGGUUUACAUUCAUACAAAGCACUUUAAUCACCUCUGUUGUGGAAGCCAAGCAACAGGAACAAUAGUAUACAGGUAAAGCAAAGUAGAAUUAGACCACGAGGAACUGCAGCAUAACGUAUUGUUCCUUUAUAAUAAUUUUUUACACAGUACAUUUUAUUUUUUGCAUCCUGGUCACUAACCUUGCUGUAUAUUGAUUAGACCGUUUUCUGUCAUGGAGAAGCAUUGCAGUAAACUAUUUGCCAAA